AUGGACGGCAGCCGGCCCGGCGCGGCCGCGGGGAUGCGCACGGGCCCCGCGGGCGCCGCCAAGCCCCUGGCCUUCUCCAUCGAGCGCAUCAUGGCGCGCACGCCCGAGCCCAGGGCCCUGCCCGCGCCGCCCCUGCUGCCCGCCGCGGCGCCCAAGCCCGACGCCAAGCCGCCGCUGCAGCUCGGCCCGCCCGUGCCCUGCAUGAUCCCCUUCGUGCCCGUGGCCUACGACGCGGGCCCCAAGGGCGCGCCCGGCGGCCCCGAGGCGCGCAAGGCCGGCCCCGAGGCCCCCGCCGCGCCCCCCGCGCCCCCCGCGCCCCCCGCGCCCGCCGCGCCCGCCGCGCCCGCCGCGCCCCCCGCGCUCCGCUGCGGCGACCUGCUGCACUGCGCGCUGAGCCUCAAGGGCGACCUGGCCCGCGACGCGCUGCCGCUGCCGCCCUACAGGCUGGUGCGGCCGCGCGUGGUCAACCACUCGUCCUUCCACGCCAUGGGCGCGCUGUGCUACCUGAACCGCGGCGACGGCCCCUGCGCGCCGGCCGCCGGCCUCAACAUCCACCCGGUGGCCUCCUACUUCCUCGGCUCCCCGCUGCACGCCCCGCCCAAGACCUACCUGGCCGAGAGGAACAAGCUGGGGGGCCCGGCGGCGGACAAGUUCCCCGCGGCGGUGGCCUUCAAGGACUUGUCGCAGGCCCAGCUGCAGCACUACGUGAAGGAGAGCGCGCAGCUGCUGUCGGAGAAGAUCGCCUUCAAGGCCGCCGACUUCAGCCGCGGCUCCCCCCACGCCAAGCCCAAAGUUUUCACUUGCGAAGUGUGUGGCAAGGUCUUUAACGCGCACUAUAACUUAACCCGUCACAUGCCAGUGCACACAGGAGCCAGACCCUUCGUUUGCAAAGUGUGUGGAAAGGGCUUCCGGCAGGCCAGCACCCUGUGCAGGCACAAGAUCAUUCACACCCAGGAAAAACCUCACAAAUGUAACCAGUGCGGCAAAGCAUUCAACAGAAGUUCCACUUUAAACACACAUACCCGAAUACACGCAGGCUACAAACCGUUUGUGUGUGAAUUCUGUGGCAAAGGAUUUCAUCAAAAAGGGAAUUACAAAAACCACAAGCUGACCCACAGCGGGGAGAAGCAGUUCAAGUGCAAUAUCUGCAACAAGGCCUUCCACCAGGUUUACAACCUCACCUUCCACAUGCACACUCACAACGACAAGAAGCCCUUCACCUGCCCCACGUGUGGCAAGGGCUUCUGCAGGAACUUUGACCUCAAGAAGCACGUCCGCAAGCUGCACGACAGCAGCCUGGGGCUGGCCCGCGCCUCAGCCGGGGAGCCCGGCGCCAACCCGUCGCCCCCUCUGCAGCAGAUGCCGCCCGCGACCCUGCCGCCGCCGCUGCCGCCACUGCCGCCCCCUGGGCCCCUGCAGCCCGGCCUCCACCCGGCCCAUCAGUGAUCAAGGCCAAAGUCCCUUCCCAGCCCCUUUGGGGUCCCCACUACGGAGGCAUCGGGGAUAGAGCUGGUCCUGCAGACCCCGCCGCGUCUGCAGGCCCCAGGGCGUGUUGGGCCCCACGUGGCAGCGCCCAGACGGGAAGCCUCUGCAUUUCCUGGCCUUUCCCCUCUUGCAUGCACCUGCUACAUGGUUUUGUGUAUUAUAUCCUAUAGAGGCACUCACAAUCAUGAGAAAAUUCGGGGUUUUGUUUCUGAUUUUUCUUUUUUGAUUUGGAAAGACUUCAUCUCUGGUGGAGAGAUGCUGUUUGUUUUGUUUUGUUUUUUAAAAACAAAAUUCUACUGUAUUUAUUGAGAUCUGUAUUAUCCUACCCGGGAAUGCUGCACCAUUUUAAUUUUAUUGUUGUAUAUAUUUCCAUUGUGUUCUCCUGCCGUCUCCAGA